AAAAAAAAGAAUAUCUGCUUAUGAUAAAGAAGUUUAUAUCCUCAAAGUCUGGGGAAAUUUUUCCUAGAAGACAAAAAGCGUUGGUCUUGGCAGGACCAAGUCUGUGUUAUGCUCCUCCCCUUGACCCUCGUCCUCUCGACUGGUGGUGCACUCUGGUGGCUCGCCUUGCAACUAACAAUACCUUAUUUUAUGUCUUUCCCGAAAGAGUAAAAAGAAAACCCAUCGUAUUCAUCAAAAAGGAGAAGGGAUAGACGCAAAGCAUUGCAUUGGAAUCAAAGUUAAGGAAUUUUGGGGCCGCAACUCGCGCUGAAGUUGGCUGGGGAGUUGGGCUGGUUAGCGCGAGGUGGCAGCCUCGCGGGUCGCGGGCCAAGUUACAAGUAUGGGCGGUAGUGUGGUCCCGCGGUUAGUUUAUAUCUCGCGCUGUCGGAGGGAGGAUGUACCACUUCACUCCCGUGGUCACUCGUCACGUCUGCUGACAUGACCCAGCUGUACUAAGAUAAAACUUACACGAACCCUUGUGCACAUGUGCAGCCCAUCACCCACCAUCAAAAUGAUGUUUACUGUGGCAUUAUACGUGUUUGCAAGUGUUUUUGUAGCACGUUCUGUGGCAUUUGUGUACAAUGCUCCCGAAAACUGUGAGUGGACAUUGCGCGACUCUGAGCGGGAGGAAGUGGCUCUUUCCUGCAGUCUGAGGACCAUUGGCAGUGAUAUAUCUGGUAGUAACUUUACGAUUUCGCAAAGUGAGCAUAUUUCUGAGCUGGAAAUCCUCUGCAGUGAUGUGUUAUUCUUCCAGUCCUCCCUCCAGCCGCGGAUGUUCCAGCGCCUUUACAACCUGGAUACCAUUGUUAUCGAGUUCUGCAAGCUGACAAACCUUCCUCCUGGAGCCUUCCUGGGCCUGGAUGCCAUGAAGCGACUAACAGUGAGGACCCACAACAGUGACUGGAGCGCUAUGGCUUUGGAACUGACUCCCGACAGUCUGGUCGGCAUGCCCCACCUGGAACGACUCGACUUGGGCCAAAACAACAUCUGGAAUUUGCCCGAGCGUGUGUUCUGCCCCUUGCCUGCACUUCGUCAUCUCAACGUUACUGGAAACCGCCUUCAGGAUGUGUCUGAGGUAGGCGUGACCGGGGGCUGCGGGGCACACCUAGUCACUCUCGAUCUCUCUGGCAACGACCUGGUUGUGUUGCCUGAGUCUGGCUUGGCCGGGCUGCAGUCGCUUCGGGAGUUGUAUCUCCAAUACAACGACGUCUCCAUGCUGGCCGACGGCGCCUUCCUGGGGCUCACCUCCCUCAAUGUGCUCAAUAUUUCCAGCAACCGGUUGGUGGCGCUCCCACCGGAGGUGUUCAACGAAACCUUGGGCCUGACGGAGCUCUACAUACAGAACAACAGUGUGAGUGUGCUUGCUCCGGGGCUCUUCUCGGCCCUGAGUCAGCUCACAGUCUUGGAUAUGUCACACAACCAGCUCACGUCGGAAUGGGUGACGGGGGAUACCUUCCGAGGUCUCCUGCGGCUGGUGGUGCUCAGCCUCAGCAACAACCGCCUCACACAGGUCACUCUUGACAUGUUCCGUGACCUGUCAACACUGCAGGUACUCGACCUGAGCCAUAACGACUUGACCGUAGUGAGUGACAUGACUUUUUCCCCGCUUGCCAAUCUUCACCGAUUGGAUCUGAGCUACAACCAUCUUUUGGUUGUCGAGACACGCAGCCUCUCUGGUUUGCAUGUGUUGUCAUCUCUCUCCGUCUCUCAUAACAACAUCUCCAAAAUCGCGUCCGAGGCCUUCGACAACUGCACUAACCUCCGCGAUCUCCGACUAGAGUACAACUUCCUUCGUGAGAUCCCAGAGGCCGUGCGUGAGGCUGUGUCGCUGCGAACUCUCAGAAUAAGCCACAACCAGCUAGCCAGCGUGAUGCAAGAUGACCUCACCAGCCUCUCAGUACUCCGUCAUCUCGACUUGUCCAAUAACCUUUUGCGAGGGUUAUGUAAGAGUUGUCUGGCUGGCCUGACAGACCUAGAAGUUCUUGAUCUUUCCCGGAACGAGUUGGGGUCUGUGCCCCACGGAGUGUUUGACACCAACACUGGUCUCAAGCUACUGAGGAUGGACGGUAACAAGAUGAGUGACAUUAACGGGUUAUUUGCAUCUCUACCAAAUUUACUGUGGCUCAAUGUGUCUGACAACAGAAUAACCUGGUUCGAUUAUGCUCUUAUUCCUAAUCAGCUCCAGUACCUCGACCUUCACAAUAACCGAAUUGGUGAUUUAGGUAAUUAUUUCAGUCUGGAGGGCAAAUUAGAACUGCGGACCCUUGAUGCGAGUCAUAAUCAAUUAGAAACUUUGAUUGGUGCUUCGGUGCCAAAUAGUGUUGAACUGUUGUUUGUUAAUAGCAACAGAAUUACACGCAUUGGUGCUGGCACAUUUGCUGAGAAGAAUAACCUUUCCAUGGUGGAUUUGUUUGAUAACCUUCUCAGUAAACUUGACCUUAAUUCCAUCAGCCUUCCCCCUGUUCCCGGCGACCGUGACCUUCCAGAGUUCUACAUCGGUGGCAACCCCAUCUUCUGUGACUGCAACAUGGAGUGGAUGCACCGUGUGCACCAGAUCAGUGGGCUGAGGCAACACCCAAGAGUUAUGGACCUCGACAAGGUGAUUUGCACGCUUCCUUACCCGCGAUCUGAGGAGAACCGGGUUCCAUUUCUGGAGACUCAGCCUUCUCAGUUCCUUUGCCCUUACACCUCCCACUGUUUUGCUCUUUGUCAGUGCUGUGAUUUUAUUGCUUGUGACUGCCAAAUGACGUGUCCUCAAGGCUGUUCAUGCUACCAUGAUGAGACGUGGGCAACCAACAUUGUCGACUGUUCUGCCCGAAAUCAUCACCAACUCCCUGACGACAUCCCCAUGGACGCUACGGUCGUGUUCAUGGACAAUAACGAGAUGCCUGUCCUCGAUGCCCACCAGCUCAUCGGCCGUAAGAACAUGAUGGCUCUCUAUCUCAAUAGUUCCCGUAUUGAAAGAAUCCAGAACAGGACUUUCCACGGUCUUUCGUCUCUAAAACAGCUACAUCUUCACGACAACAUGUUGGUUGAACUCGAGGGCUAUGAGUUCGAACAUCUUGAGCAUCUUCGUGAGCUGUACCUCCAAAAUAAUCGGCUGAAGGUGAUUAAUAAUGCAACUUUCGCGGGGUUAAAAUCACUUGAAGUCAUCAGACUUGACGGAAAUUUUCUGUUUGAUUUUCCUGUUUGGCACUUGAAACUCAACAAGGGCCUGAAAGACAUAACUCUUGGUGUCAACCUAUGGUCGUGCCACUGCCAGUACAUGGUUGACUUCAAGAACUGGCUCAUCCGUGAAACUGACGUAGUCAAGGAUGCCAAGACGAUAUUUUGUGUCUCCAAUGCGUCAGGUGACCCUGGUCCCUAUGUCCUGGAGAGCUCGUACUCCUGUGAGAACUUCGUGGCAACGUCCAUUGUGCAAGAGAAAUUGGAAAACGACUUCCUGCAGCCGGUGUUGAUCACACUCGGCAUCUUCUUCGUCGUGUUGGUGCUUGGCGUAGUGUUCGCUGUGUUCAGGGUGCGCCUGCAAGCUAGUGUCUCUAAAAAGUGUGGCUUGAAGUGCUUUCCCUCGCAACCUGCACCAGCCAAGGAGGAAGAGAGGAACAUCAUCUACGACGCCUUCGUCAGCUAUAGCGAAAUGGACGCUCCGUUUGUCACGGAAGUGUUCGCCUCAGAACUUGAGAACGGUGACCCCUCCUAUAAAUUGUGCCUUGCCUCCAGAGACUAUCAGACUGUUGGUACAUAUGUGGGGGAUUUUAUUGUUCAUUCUAUAGAGUCGAGUCAGAAGAUCAUUCUAGUCCUUACUAAAAACUUUGUUGAUCAUGACUGGUGUAAAUUUUCCUUUAAAGCGGCUCAUUUGGAGGCACUGAAAAGCCUUAAAAAUCGUGUGAUUGCCGUAAUGUGUGGUGAAGUGAGCGAGAGUGACAUGGACUCUGACCUCGCAGCCAUUGUGAAAAGUGCCACUAAGCUUAAAUACGACGACAAGUCCUUCUGGAGCAAGCUGCACGCUGCUCUGCCAGGCGGGGGCAAUAAGAACCAGCAGUGCUACAUCACUGACACCAACUACAUCAUGAGAAACAGUGUGCCUGUUUUGACCCCAUCCCACACCCUCAAUAAACAGGGUCAGCUGGUACCCAGUAUGGUGCUCACUAACGCAAUCAAGACCCCAGUCUCUCAUUACCAUCAGCAACACCAUUACCACCAGACACAGCCGUCCAUAAACAGUGACCCAGGUGAGCUCGACAAGACCUUCGUCAGCGUGGAGACUGCCCAGUCCAGCCUCGCCCCUAGUCUCAACCACUCUUACAUGUCCAUCGACUAUGCCGCCGCCCGUAAUUCUCACAUCUACGCCUCUAUCGACGAGACGACGCCGGCGCUGCCGCCGUCCACGCUGCCGUCGGUGCACACCCUCCACCACCACCUCCGACAGCAGCAGCAACAGCUGGAGCGACGCCAGUAUCUCCCUCAGGAGCUGCACUGUAGUAGUCAACAGCGACGGCCCCUCUCUGGUACCACCUUACAAACAUUCGACCAGCCAGCAGUCAGUGCGUCCUAUUUCAUAUAAAUAUACAUUAAAUUCCUUGAAAUUACAUAUAUAUAUAUAUAUUAUAUCUUAUUGUUAAGGUGCGUGUUAGAGACCCCUUGUUGACUGUGAUUCCGCGAGGACGAGAGAAGUGUGUAGCGUAGGAAAGCAAAGAGAGAGAAAAAAAAGAGAGCGAACGUCAUAUGUUUGUGUCUAGUCAACACUAGAGUGGGAGGUGGUCUAGUGCCUUCACAACCCGGCCUUUGCUGUAGCAACCUGGCUGAUCCUCUUACCUGUAGCUUGUGUAGUGCACUCAUACCCAUUUGCUGUCUGAACUUGUACAUAAUGUAAUAUAAAUAACUCUUUUAUGUAUAAAUCGUGAUAUCCCUGGCCAAAGUGUGAUAAUAUUAGCUGUUAUAUUGAGCUCAAGUCAUGAGUAAUAACGGGUAUUUUUAUAAAAUCAAAUAAUGACAAAAAUAAAAGGAUGAUUUGUUACACAUGUCUAUU